CAUCCGGAUUUGGGCAUUGGUGGCGCUGAACGAUUGGUAUUAGAUGCAGCGAUUGCCAUGCAAAAUAAUGGUCAUCAAGUUUGUAUCGUGACAAAUCAGUACGAUUCGACACAUGCAUUUGAUGACUCGAAACAAUUUGGUGCGUCUUCUUUAUACUGA